CUUACACUCCCAUAUUUCCCAUGGCAAGUCGUUGCUUCUGGGCGGUGAGUCUAGUGGUCUCCUCCUCUGGUUUCUUUGCUGCCGCCGUCUCCCUCCGGGGUGUCGAGGAUUGGAAUUGGUAUCACGGCCACUCGACUUGGUAUGGGAGUCCCGAAGGCGAUGGCAGUAAUGGAGGGGCAUGCGGGUAUGGGAUAAUGGUGGAUGCGUAUCCGUUGAAGGCGAGGGUGGGAGCGGUGAGUCCGGAAGUGUUCGAUGGCGGAGAAGCUUGUGGAAAUUGCUACAAGGUCAGGUGUCUGGACCCUACCAUUUGUUCAAAUAAGUCAGUCACAAUCGUUGUCGCUGACCAAGCUCCUCCGCGUUACCGUGACGCGCCGCUUUUCGACCUAUGCGGCGCCGCUUUUGGCCGCAUGGCCGUCGCUGGUAUGGGCACUGAACUCCGUAACCGCGGUGAGAUGCCCAUCGUUUUCCGCCGGACUAAAUGCUUGUAUAGAAAGAAUAUUGCCUUUCACGUAAACGAGGGGUCUACGGCUAACUGGAUUUCCCUCUUGGUCGCGUUCGAGGGUGGAGAUGGUGAUAUUGGAUCCAUGAGUAUCCAAGAGGGUGGGUCGGAUGACUGGUUGCCGAUGAGCCAGUCCUGGGGAGCGAGCUGGAAAAUCGACGCAGGACGGGCUUUGAGAGGACCGUUUUCAGUAAAGGUAACGACGCUCUCCACGGGAGCAACCCUCAUUGCAAAAGACGUUAUUCCUUACGACUGGGCUCCUAAGGGCUUGUUUGCAACCAAUUAAAAAAAGUGAUUUUGGCUUUUUUUUAAGAAAAAAGCACUUAUUUUUCCAAACACUACCAACUUUUACUUCCUCGAUUUUCGUGUAGAAUCUACUUUUUACUUUUUCUAUUACACAAAAAGCACUUAUUUUACCAAACACUACCAACUUUUACUACUAAUCACUUUUUCCCCAAAAGUGCUUUUAUUUAAGCACAAGUAGUUGCAAACAGAGUCUAAAGCCACUUACACUGCGGACCGCAACUUCUAGCCGCGGGGCAGCCGGCCAUUGCCUUUAAUUUGGUGCAUGGUCCGGCCAGCACCACAAGCUAAGCUAUCUAGCAUGCCAACUUUCUUUUAUCAUCAAAACAAUACGAACUUAAUUAAAAGGAAUAAGAAAUUGAGCUUCUUUCUUUCGACCUUUUCCUGCCUAGCGGGCUUUUCAGUUUAACGAUUGUGAGUGUAAAGUCUAAUGAAUGUGUGUAUCUACGUGCUGGGUGGAAGCCAUUCAUGCUAGCUAGCUGUUAGCUUCAGUGGGUCUGAUCCUUCAGCCUGGCUACUUCUUGUUUGUAAUAAUAUAUUGUAAGCUCAUUUCGGAUUUAUUGGAUGUGUAAUGUUCCCUUGUUCCUGUUUCAUUAUCUACCCUUGUUAAUUAAAGUUUAUAUAUGCAUACAAACAACCCCAAACCAGCAGUGAAU